GUCAGGCCAUGGCUGGACCAACUGUCUGGCCACCGUGCAACGUGUGUUUACAUGUACCGCAUGCCGAGGAGCUCAUGCCGUAUCAUGCACACAGUAUGAAAGCCUAGAGUAUGGCCGUACCAAUCAAAAACUCCUUCCGCCGGUCCCGGGCUGCUACAUUAUAAACAGUGCAGCUCAAUGAAAUCCCACCGAUCACGUAAGUCCACUCUUGCGGGGCGGGCGCUGUGCAGCCACAGACCUGCACAUACCAUUUGUGCACAUGUAUCAGAAAUUCAGAAUACUGGGCUGUACAAUGAUGCAGGGCGCUGACUUACCCAUCACAUCGGAUUUUUUUGAGCACGACCGGACAUUUCUGAGAAUGUAAGAUUUUCCAGUUCACUCGGACCGCCUGUCAAGCGCCAUCGGUCAAGUAUUAUGAUCUAGUGCAGAUGCUUGAUCCAGACUAUGCAACAAUCUGUUCCACCUACCGUAGCCAAAGGCAAAGGAGUAAUUAGCCGUGGCCAGUUGGGCCAUGCUGCCAAACCACACCCCGAGUCCUGCUUGGUAGUUGGCCUGCAUUGUAACAGGGGUCAACGGCGGAUUUGACGGAUCUCUUCGCACGUCGUCGCUUGCUAUACCUUCUCGAAUUCCUGAGCAGCUCGCACAUGUGAUCACCUUUCAUCUGUGGCUGACGUCCCCUGUCAGAAACGACGUCUUCCAGGGCCUGAUUCUGCACGCAAAUCUACUGGCAAGCUUCACCUCCCCGUUCCGGAGGAGACGCGGAUAGAAGAACAGAGCACCCGCGGUGCUCCAUUGAGCGCAUGCACUUGAAGUAGCUUAGCGGUUGUGAUGUUUGGCAAGAAUCUCCGCCACCGUGAUUCGGUGAAUGGCUGAUCAGACAAUUACUUUUGCUAGCCAAGAUGUCGAAUUGUCGUCCGUGGAAGGAAGUCGAGAUAAGCACAAGUGAGUCCUGACUUCCUGCAAACCAGGGGUGUGACUGCAGCUGGCAGCAUCAAUCGAUGAUACACUGAUGGCAAGCGCCGACCCAUUCAGCACGCUUCCUCGCCGUCGGCAAUCUUUGCGGGAGCGAUUGACCGGCUCACUGCGUGGCUCAUUCCGAGGCCUGCGCAGGAGGAGCUCCGGCGACGCUCCAGUACAGCUCAGCUGGAUUCACGAAGACCAAACCCUUCAGCAGGACUCGGUCCGAUACAAUGUCAAGUAUCUUGGGUUCAAGGAGACACAGCAGGCCAAAGGUUCAGAUGUCAUCAUCCAGGCCAUUGCGGCAUUGAAGAGCAAUUCUAAGAAACACCGGGCAUCCAGCAGAUCACCAUGGUUGUCGCUCUUCAUUUCGCAAGACAGCCUGCGACUCGUGGACGACUCCACUCCUGACGAGCCGGUGUUGAUAUUUGAGUUUGCCACACAUCGUGUUUCAAGUGUGUCCGAAUACAAGCAAGAUGACAUCUACUUUGGUAUGACCAUCCGACAUGGCCGACUUGGCCAGCACAAGGUUCAUAUCUUUGAAACAGACCACGAGUCCCAGAAUGUGGCAUUGACACUGGCGCAGGCAUUUCACUUGGCCUUCUCGCGCUACAUGCAGAUACAUGCCGAAGAUGACACUCCCGCGGUCGCACGCAGCGAGAGCAUGGUAAUGCGCGACGUCCAAGAACGGCGCCUGCUAGCGGCCGCAGAUCUCAACGGGCAGUUCAUGGCCAGACCUGCCACCCCAGAGCGUGCCAGACUGUCGAUGAAGUGGCUUACAGAGGCACGCGAUUGCUCCCUGUCACAUGACGAUCAACAGCUUCGACUGGUGAGAAACGCGGAGAGCAUUGCAACUGAGGAGCCGGCCAUUGGCCUAGAUCAGGAACACGGCCUGCACAAUGAUGAAGAGAUUUCAGCAGCCAUGCAGAUAGCUCAGGCCGUGAGCAGCAGUAACAGCAGCAGCAGCGGUCAGAAAGAGGAUGCCGGUCUUGACGCGCUGAUUGCGCUCAGCGACCCAAUGGAUGAGCCGUUCGACAUACCUCCAGUCAGGUGUAUAUUCACAAGCAGUGCAUCGGGGGAGCGGCGCAUACCACGCACCGCCAGUCCAGGUGAAAGCCAGCAAUCUCCCACAUCACCAGCAGUCAGAUCUGUGAAUGAGUCUCUGGAGGAAGAGGACGAGGAUGAGGACCGUGUAUUUGAAAGCACGUGUGAUGAUAACGGAACAAUUAGCAAUGGAGGUGUGGACGUGCAAGAGAACACAGGCAUUGGUUCAAAUAACUAUGACUGUACUGAUCCGCACUCCCUGGUGCAGCUGGGCACGGAGGAGACAAGCAAAUCUAACAGCCAGGGCACCUUGCGAGAAAGUGAUGAAGAUACCUGUAUCAACGCAAAUGAUGAACCCAGCGAGGAAACUGGGCAACAUGACACACGUGACAGCAGAAUUAUGGACGACAUCACCAGUAACCAUCCAAGCACCACUAGUAUGUCGGGAAUACCACAUCAGCAGGAUUAUUCAGGAGAUAACAGUGAGGCAGCACUCAUUGACGCUGGCACACCAUCCUUGGAAGAGCCUAACACGUCGACUGAGAGUGGUUCCAUGCAAGAUCAUCCAGGCAAGAGUGGCCGUGGACACGAUGGCAAGAGUGACGUCUGUCAGGACAAUGAAAACGAAGUCGAUAUGACCGAACAUAUUCAGGAUAGCAUCGAAGCACUAGAUGCUGCUGAAGCAUUGGAUACUGCUGAAGAAAUGGAUACCGUUGAAGCACUAGAUGCUGCAGAAGCAUUGGAUACUGCUGAAGCUACGUAUUCUGUCAAAGCACCGGAUACUGUUGAAACACCGGACGCUGCUCAAGCAUCGGGCACUGUUGAAGCACCGGAUACUGUUGAAACACCGGACGCUGCUCAAGCAUCGGGUACUGUUGAAGCACCGGAUUCUGCCGAUGCACUGGAUACUGUAGAAGCAGUGGACAGUGCCGAAGCACUAGCCACUGUUGGACUUGGAGCAUUGAGUGCAUCAUCCGACAGUGCCACCGAGGACAAGGGAAUUGCUGAGCCCCAUUGUAGCAGCUUCCAGGACCAUGAUCCACCGGUGCACAGUGACCGAGCUGGUGCUAUUAGCAGUGAUCAAACUGAGCAGGAUUCCAAGAACUCGCACAAUGCUCCCAUGGUGGCAGCGCAGAUGGACUUGAACGACUCCAAUGAGGAUGAUGAUUUGCGCAAUAGUCCAGACUCACUGAUUGUGCACGAGCACGAACACAGCCCAGGAGCUGCAGAUGACAUUGCACCAGCAGUACAGCAAACAGUGCAGGCAGCACACGCAAGCUGCACAGGUCUGCUAGGCACUGGAGAUUGUGUCAGUGAGAUCAAUGACGUGCCAGACGAGUCUCCUCUUGUCGAAGGCGAUGACGCUGGAAAUCUAGGCCGGGGUGAUGCGUUUACAGCACCAUAGGGUGCCACCUUACAUACCGUCAUCAGAGCUUAGUGGUGACUUUGAGUUUUGGAUCUACGGAACACUAACCCAGUACAGAGAAUCUUCUGGCACAGUAGACCCAGUCUAUCACUUAGUUAGAAUUAGCCUAAAACUCUACCGACACCAAGGGACACUGAUGAACUUGCUGGUCACACCGACAGCUUCCAAAACAUGUAACAGUAGUUCCGAACUUCAACAGCAAUGCAGCCGUGGAUAUCUGGGAAAUGACCCGUGAUCUGCUUCAAUCAUGAUCUAGCUGACUGAGAUUUAGUGCUUAGUUGCCCUGCCUAGAAUGGGACCUUAUUUAUUCCUAACCUUUCACAUCACCACUAGUCUUAUAAAACUUGAGCUGUAAGAUUCUAAUUUCUAAUGUUGAUCGCCGCCACGGCUAUGAAGUGGGGAAAAAAGAAGCAACAUUAACUUUUCGCUUGCCAAUGGCAAUGCAUGUAGAAGUCAUCCCAGCUGCUGUGAAGUGUCCCAGAUAGACAUACCAUGCAGUAGGUGUACGAGUCUGUGACAUGCUGUUCUGCGUGCGUGCAUGGCACUUGGCACAGAUGUUCAA